CAUUGCCAUUGCCAUUGCCAUUGUAAUUGCCAUUGCCAUUGCAACUGUCAUUGCCAUUGCCAUUGCCAUUGCCGUGUGCUGUGAGGCUAACGCACCGUCUCCCGGCCCAGCCGAGCCCAUCACCUGCAUGGAGUCCGUCGAGACUAUCGCCGUCCAAGGCUCACAUGGGGCGUGCUGCGGCGGGGACUCUCCGUGUCGCAUCUUUACAAACUGUCUGAGCAAUGUCGCUGUCGAAGUCUCGGGCUCGACUUUCGUAUGCCCCGGAGAGAUGGUAUGUCAGACAAGGAGCGUGUUCGACGCCCCGCAGUGCACGUCGGCCAGGCAAACCGACUUCUUCUGCCAGGCGAACGGAUACAACAGCGCCAGCACCGUCUACCUCAACCUCGACGUGUCGACGACCUCCUCGGCCAUGCCGACCGUGUCUGCCAGACCUGCCUGGUCUGCCACGUCAACCCCCCCGGCCACGUCUACCGAGUCGACCCCCCCGGCCACGUCUGCCAAGUCGGUCCCGUCUACCACGUCGGUCCCGUCAACCUCAACCCCUGCAUCCUCGGUCAUACCAUCCUCCUCGACAGCAUCCUCCUCGACAGCAUCCUCCUCGACAGCAUCCUCCUCGGCAGCAUCCUCCUCGCCAAUAUCCUUCUCGAGAGUAUCCUCUUCGACAGCAUCCUCGGCCACAUCAAAACUCGACCCUGCAGCCACAUCCUUGACCGCGACGGCAGCAGCGGCCCCGUCACUAAACAGCACCUCGGCCGCCGCCGCCGCCGCCGAAACACCGCUAAGCACGUCUACGCCCGCGUGGAUCGCCGGCGCCGUUAUCGGGCCGCUCGCCGUUGCGGCGCUGGCCGGCCUGGCCUUUUGGCUAGGGAAGCGGCGGGCGGCGAGCAGGAGCAGCGGCAACCCGGCCGAGCUAGGAGUCGUAUCACCAGGGGAAGGCGGUAGUUUCGAAUACUCUACCCUAGACGAGGCCGCGGCCCUCAACCUGCUCGCGGGCAAGCCGUACGAGCAGCAGCGCUGGACCCGCGCCAGCGAGCUGGGCGGCGACCAGCCUGCUUAUGCCGCCGCCGUGCCCCCGCUCAGCGAGGCGCCUGGGGAGGAGUUUGCUGUGAGGGAGUUGCCGUAGGGACGGGGUGGAGAGUGAGG